AUGACGGUAUUACUUCCAUCGUCUUCGCCGAAUCCAUCGCCUGCUUGCUUCGGCUUUGGCUGUUCUAUUGGUGGAAGUAUCUGUUUCAAUACAUUCAUUUGGUCCAGAUCGCGAUUUUUUAUGCGAGGGCUGAUGAUAAACCCAGUAUCCACAUCACAGGUAAUAACAGCAUCGGACCCACUAUCACGAAACUUAUACAAUGCUACUCCUUCACAACUUGAAAUCAUAAAUGCUCCAGCUACACCCAAUACUGUACUAUCUAUCAAGGCGGGACCUGGUAGUGGUAAGACAUAUACCUUAGCUAGACGUAUUUCGCAACUUAUACUUGAUGGUAUUGAUCCUAGUGAAAUCCUUGUGCUAUCCAUGGCUAACAGAUCGGUCAAUAGUUUAAGCAAAAGUCUUCAAGUACAAUUAGGGGACUCUUUACAGUCUAAGCCCAUUGAUAUUUGUACUUUUCAUUCAUUUUGCAGUAAGAUUCUUGAUACCUAUGGUGAUAAGUAUUUACCAGGACGUAGAGCUUUGAUGAAUGAUUCUCAAUGGCUUUUCCUCUCAAGAUUAGUGUCUAACCAUAACCUUCAUCUUGAUGGAAUUAAAAGUAAGAAUUUGACCAGUGAUAAAUUUGUUAAGAUCAUGAAAGAUAUCAGACGUGGGGGUGAUAUUGAACAUGUUGCCCAACAAUACGGAGUUUCUCAAGAUUUCAUAGAAGCAGUGUUACGUUUCUUAGAAGAAAAUGGAAUCAUAAGGUACGGUGAUCUCAUAUCACUUGCUUGUAAGAUCAUCAAUGCUUCUAAGAAAGAUGAAUUGAUUCCUCAAUUAGUCAACUAUAAAGCCAUAAUUGUUGAUGAAUUCCAAGACAUGUAUGAGGAUUUACUAGAAGUGAUCGAUGUCGUUGUCAACUAUCCCAGUAAUGGAGAUGGUAAGCAUUUGACUGUAGCAGGAGAUCCCAAUCAAAGUAUUUAUGAAUUUUUAGGUUCGAAUCCUAAAUUGAUGGAUUCCCUUGAUGUUCAUUUUGGGUUACCUGUCCACGAACUACACAUCAAGGAAUCUUUUCGAUGCACACCAGAGAUUCUAGAUUUAUCCAAAACCCUCGUGCCGAACACUUCAUUGAUCACCCAAUUGCAUUCAACUAAACCUUCGGGCCAUUUACCUGUACUCAAAAAGAUUUCCAACCCAUCUCAAGAAAUUAACUUCAUAGUGGAAGAAAUCGUCAGAUUGUGUUAUUUGUCUGGUGGUGGUAUCAAUUUGAAUGACAUUUUGAUCUUAUCCAGGACUAAUUCCCAAAUUGAUGACAUCAGUAGACAACUAUCAGAAAAUUAUGGAAUUUCCACUAAUAAACUCACCAGUUCAAUUAGUUGGAAUAAAUCAAAAGUAAGCAUAUUCUUAUCAAUGCUAGCAGUACUUGAUAAUUCUUACAAUCAUCAAAUAUCCUUGUUGUAUUUGUUGCUGAUAAUCGAUAGAUCUCAAUUGAGGAUCUGUAAAAUAUUUAAUAUCUCCAAGGGAAAGAAACUAGAGGAUCUCGUACACUCUAAGGAGUUGAGAGUCAUAUACAAGAGGAAGCAGGAUAUAAUACCGAAGUUCAAAAACUUGAUUGAAGCUUUCAAAACAGAGAAACAGAAACAUUUGACCUCACCUCAAGAUGUGGUGGAUUCGUUAUUCAAUAUCACUUCCAGUGGAUUAAUGGAUUACCUCAAUGACGAUUGUGAAAAUCUAGAGACUAGAAAGAGACUUCUGGUUGAUCUCAAAGCUUUCCAAAGCUCCCUUGAAAUAUCAUUCAUUAAUUAUAAUACCGACCAACCUUCAGAGUCUUUCAUAUCUUACUUUCUCAAGAAUUAUAAUGAGGAUAUUACCAUGGACUCUCCAACAGCUGUGAAUUUGUCAACCAUCCACACUGCUAAAGGAUUAGAGUCUAAAGUAGUUUUCAUUUUAGGAACCUCAAUGUUUCAACAUGGCCCUUGGGAUUUUAUCUUAAAGGGACAAUUAACUGAUGAUUCCAACAAUAGAUUGUUCUAUGUGGCAUUAACUAGAGGUAAAGAUUUAGUGUAUAUUACUACUACUUUGGACAUUAGUGAUAUAUUACAUGACGAUAAAUUUACAACAUUGAUGCCUAAACGGGAUGUAAUCAGAUCUGUGGGUGUGAAUCUGGCUAAACUUCAACAAGGUGAACAUUUAUAUGGGAAAUUUAAAAGAGAAUACCACACCACAGCAAAAAUUCCCAUUUAUUCCCGGUUUGAUGGUUUCAUACCAACAAGCAAGAUCCCAUUGAAACGGUAUGGGAGUUAUGAUAUUUCUCAUAAUUGUGUCAAGGCCAUCAUUAGAUCUUUGCAUAAACUCCCACGAUUCUAA